UGACACUGAAGUUAAAACGAAUAGCAUAGCAGGCAGUGAGUCGGAAGAUGAAGAUGGCGGUGUGCUCACCAUUCACGACUGGGCCGACUUCUGCUUAUCUUUCGUGACCGGUUGUUAAUUUUUAAUGCAGAUUUCUUUCAUUCUGCUACAUUUUAUGAAUGGAAACUGGAACUUUCUGCACUGUAGAGCUUGUUUUCCAUCAAAUUAAUACGAUUUUUAAAUCGGAAACCCAGUGAAAUAUGUUAAUUUAAUCUCAUGAAUGAACCCCGAAAACGUCAACAGCUCCUUUGGGAGGGAUUGUUUGGUUUGGUUCGUUUUUUGGGAGAAGAAUUAGUCUUGAGUUUUCUUGAGUGCACACAUUUCAAAUCAAACGAAGUCUGUUAGCGUUGUUGAUUUCAAAAAUGUGAUUCUGAUGUUUUGUCUUUAAUCUGACCAAACACAAGUGUUAUCUGGCACUAUACCAUCAUUCAAAAAUAGUCAUCAUGAAGCUUCAUAUAAUAAAUCUUGUAAGCAUUGUCCUAAUUUCGAUGAUUCAACAUGUGGUUCUCGAUACUGUUUCAACAGUGCCCCAACCGUCGGGAUUUUGUGCUCCCUACAAUGGAAAAGUUUGCCGCAAAUAUCUUGCAAAUUCUGAUUGGGUCUGGUACAAUGUAUCCGACAAUGAGAGUCCAGGAUCAGGCUGGCUCAGCGAAAAGAUUGUCCAAAACUUGUGGGAAGAAAUGGACUCAAAGCUUAAAGAGCCAUGUCGGAGUAAUGCGGAGCAACUUCUCUGCACCUUUGCCUUUCCAAAAUGCACAAUGCAAGGUGGACAUCAGGCCCCAUUGCCACUUUGCCGAGAAGACUGCUUGGCUGUCAGUAAAUUAUUCUGCUACAAUGACUGGGCUUUAGUUGAAGACAACAAAUUGACUUUUGAGUCAAGAGGGCCUUUCCGCUUACCAAACUGUGCAGCUCUUCCCUCCCUUUCCAAAGCUAAAUUGGUUGAAAAUUCUACUGUGAGCUCCCCUCCGUACCAGCCUGAGGGCUCAGUUUGCUCUCCAGCAAAUCUCACCGAAAUUAGAAAGGAUGAAAUCACUAUGGAUUGUGUGAAAGGGCGUGGUAGAUUUUAUCUUGGUUUUGUGAAUGUUACAAAGGGUGGUUUGCCCUGCCAGAAGUGGGAUGUACAAGAACCUCAUGAACAUGAUCGCCCUCCAAAUGUCUUUCCUGAAGUACAGAAUGCAGAGAAUUAUUGCCGCAAUGCUGGUGGAGAAGAGCAUGCCCCAUGGUGUUACACAAUGGACCCCAUAGUUCGUUGGCAACAUUGUGAUAUUCCAUUGUGUGAUAACACCACAGACAGUAUCAUACCAGAUGUGGAUAUUUGGGACUUAAAAAUGGAUGAUCUGUUUUCACCUACUUUUAUCACUGUAUUGGCAGUUGUUGGUUUCAUUACAUUGGCUCUCACUCUUUUACUGCUCAUAGCUUGUUCUCGUUUAAUCAAACGUAGGCUUCAAAACGGGUAUACACCACCAGUAAAUCAAGAUCUAAAUAAUAUUGACUUGGACAAGCUGCCAGAUAAUAUGGCUUACCAUCGUACAGGAGCCCAGCUCAAUCCCAAGCUAGAGAAACUAGAAUUCCCUCGAAAUGAUAUUAUUUACAUCAGAGAUCUAGGACAGGGGGCAUUUGGAAGAGUUUUUCAGGCUAAAGCACCAGGGCUAGUGAAGGGUGAAGAAUUCACCCUUGUUGCAAUUAAAAUGCUGAAAGAUGAGGCUUCAGAAGACUUACAGAAAGACUUUGAAAGGGAGGCUUGUCUCCUUGCAGAGUUUGACCACCCUAACAUUGUGAAGUUGUUGGGAGUCUGUGCAAUUGGAAGGCCAAUGUGUUUGCUCUUUGAAUACAUGGGUAGGGGUGAUCUUAAUGAAUUUUUACGAACAUGUUCACCCAGUAAUUAUAUAGUUCGUAGUUCUGAUGGAGAAAGAGAUGUUUUCCGAGAUGUUCAAUUGACUCCAUUGGAUCUGCUAAAGAUAUCAGUCCAGAUUGCUGCAGGCAUGAAAUAUUUAUCUGAGAGAAAAUUUGUUCAUCGUGACCUUGCCACUCGAAACUGCCUCUGUAAUGACCAAAUGGUUGUGAAGAUUGCAGACUUCGGUCUCUCCCAAAAAAUCUAUCUCCAAGAUUACUACAAGGGAAAUGACAAUGAUGCUAUACCCGUCCGUUGGAUGCCAUUAGAAAGUAUCAUGUACAACAAAUACACCAUUGAAUCAGAUGUCUGGGCCUUUGGUGUAUGUUUAUGGGAAAUUUUCUCCUUUGCACUACAGCCAUACUACGGUAUGACACAUGAAGAGGUAGUAAAGUAUAUAAAAGAUGGCCAUGUUUUGCAAUGCCCAGAAAAUACACAUCGCUCAAUUUAUGAACUAAUGCGAGCUUGCUGGAAUCUGAAGCCGGCACUACGUCCUAGUUUUCAUGUUAUAUAUCAAACACUUGAACGUAUCCAUGCGGACAUCCAGCGCUCAUGUAGCUAUGGACACCUUCCACCUCAAGUACACAUAUGAGAACAGCUACCCGAGCGCGUCGGACACUCUUCGCGUAAGGGUUGUGUGCUCAUGUGACAAAUCUUAAAAGAAGCUUGGAUUUAGUGUGUCUCAUUUUUUAUGAUCUCUUUCUUAUGUGUGUUUUUAUUUUUGGCAUUGAUGGAUUUUUACUUUUCACCAUUUAACUUAGGUAUGUUGGUUCAGUGUGGUCUCAAACUGCAGUCCCAUGUUCUUAUGCAUCCUGUUCAAACAAAUUAUGUAGAUUCACAGGUUGCUUUUAUUUUAAAAGGGUCACUAGUGGCUCUUUUUUUACUUUUCUUUUAUUCCAUCUAAGAAUAUAAAAUUCUAUGACUGAAUCAUACAAUGUUUGCAGCGUGUCUGCUUUUUCAAUCAUGUAACUUGCAGCUAUUACUGAUCUCAUUUUAACUUUGCUGACUUAAUACAUAUUUAUCACAUUUGAUUCAUUUUUGACCGCUCUUCCGCUCACUGAUGGUCUUUUAUCUACACUUCCAUUUUUUAUUCCAGGUACUGUCAAUUAAGUUCAAAUGUGAACACUCCAUGUUAUCUUCCAAUAGACAUUCCAAAUAUGUAAUUGUACUCUUUUUGUAUCCUUCAUUUGUGUGUUCAUAAUGUGUCUCAAACCAAGAGAAAAUAAGUUUUGUAAUGUGUUGUGCAGUGUAUUUAUCAAUCUGAUGCAUGUGACUUCCUUAUGGUAUAUAUAGCAUCCCUCCUGUAAUAUGUAAAUGAGUGAACAUAAGUUUAAUUUUUAAAUGCAUUCUUGAAUAGCUAAGGUUUCACAAAGACUAUGUUUAUAAUCCAAAAUGUUACCACAUAUUUUGAAAUAUCAAGUCACUUUUGUGUGCUCAGGAAAGAAAUCUGCGUAUUUAUUCUGCAUGUGAAAGUGUUAGUCUCAAUGCAUGUGUGUGUGCUUCAUUAUGCCUGUAAAUACAUACUGUAUUUGUAAAAGAAACAGAGAAUCCAGCUUUAGAUGCUUUGCCUAUUUAUGUUACUUAUGUAUAUCUUGUAAUCUCUUGUGACAAAUUUGGACACUAUUAGCAGUUGUCCAUGUAAGUAAGUGUAUAAAGAUUGCUUUAAGUGAUUAUUGUAAUGCCAAAAUUGAGCCAAAUGUAUUAGGUCUGUAAGGAGAUUGACCAAAUGUGAGGUCAAGCUAGGUUUAUUUCUUACUUGCCCCCUGUGGUGUUCCACAACUUCUUUUGUUACAAUAUUCUAAAAAUAUAUUUCUUUACUUUUUAUCAUUUGCUAUGUACAAAUAUUUUACUUGAUUGUAUCAAAACAAAUAUAAAUUUUGAAUCAGUGAAUAUAAUACAAUCGGAAAAUACUUGCGGUCUGGAACCUAUUUAGCAAUACUGUGGGUGGAAAUGCGUGUUUUCAUAGUGUUAUAUCUGGGGCAGGUAAGCUGUUGUAUGAAAUAAUAAGUGUAAUCUUGUGGUCUUGUCACUGAGCUGAUGGAACUUAUGGUUAUUGAAAUAUUCCCUGGUGCAUUUUGGUGAUAGAAGUUAAAUUAUUAUUUUGAUUUGUGUUUUAUGUGUUCUGGCCAAGACAUAUACUUUGUUCUGUGAUGUGAUGCUGACUAUCUGUAUUGAAAGUACCAGGAGUUUCCUCAAGAUAUUAGGUGGCCCUUGAAGGCAAGGGAGAAAUUUCCUCCCUCACGUGCACUCUGUUGCAAUGGGAAGGAUUUCCCCCAAGAAAAUCAAUUGUGCACAUGGGCUACUUGAUCAUCUGAUCACAAGGUUAGUGUAUCAAUCAGAAAUUAAUUUUCUUUAUCCUUGCUGUCUUCUUCAUAGAGAACGUUUACAAAUAUUUGGCAAGAUAUGAUUUAGGUUACCCUGCUGAGUACUGGUGACUGUACAAAAAUUUCUUCUCUUUACAUUUUUAUAAGUACUUGGGAUGUUAAGUUGUUUAAGUAAUUUGUGCAUAACAAAUAAACAAUCACAUGGAAUUGUUUGUUGUUUUGAAGUUUGCUAAUGUUGCAUAUCACGUCUGAUUGUUGGUCUUUUCGUUGUUGUUAUUUCUGUUUAGAUUUGCUUUCUAUUUCCGGUGCGAAGCUCUUCAUUCAACUGGGUAAAUAUUCAGUUGUUGUUGCUAUUGUUAUUUGUCUGAAUCAAGCUUUGUUUUUUAUAUGCCUGUUCUUGAACCAAUUGACUGUUUCUGUCAAAAUUUCUAUUUUAUUGCUUUAUGAGCACAAAAACACUAGAUCUCAUGUCAUAAUUCAUAGCAAAUGUUUUCUCCUUUUGUUUGGAAAUGAUUGAUAAUUGCUGUACAUUCUAGGAAGUAUUUGAAAAGCUAACGUUUGUCAUUAUGCUGCUUCUUUUAGACUCUAGACAGUACUUAGCUAUUCUUAGUUCGACUAAAAAAAAAUCAGUAACUUAAAUUUUUGAAAUAAUUCUUGUCUAAGAACUUAAAGGAGCUGUAUCCUAGUGAAUCCUAGUGAAAAGUGACCGGUUUUAAAACUUGCUCAUUCCUUUCAUGGAAAGUCUGCAUCUCCCAAUUUUUGAGACUUAUUAGAAUUACAAAGAAUGCUUCAAAAUUUUGCAUUCAUGAAAGAAGUGUAAUCCUACUUUCAUGGUGUGGUACUCUUUGAGACUGAAGUCUAAACUAUGACUGUGAAGCAGUUUUAUUCCUGAGCUUCCUUUUGCUAAUGAAGACCACUUUUAAUUUGCAUUUAAUUCGCAUUACAGCAGUUAUAUGUAAAGUUGUUUUUUUUCCCCCUUUAAGAAAAGAAUUCUCAGGGCUUUGCACUCUUGGGCUGUAAAGAAGGUAAUCUUCACCAUCUCAAAUAUUCAUAUUGAUGAAGCCAUUAAGUUCUACAUUUCUUCAUAUUGCUGCUGUUUUUGUGUAAUUUUAUUUUCAUUCUUUGAAAAGUACUGGAAGGACAGACAAUAACCUUCAUUGAAGUUAUUGGGACCAAAGAAUUUAACUGUGCGAGCCACCAGCUUUGUCAUCAACGGCUGAGAGUACAUUUGGCAUGGGAAUUUGUGAGGAACUUUUAUGAGUUUUAAAUUGGUGACUAUUGUAAGUUUGAACAUUUGGCUUUCCUAAUUUGUAUGGUGUAUCAAUUGUGUAAUCACAGACUUCUGUUUUGCAAAAUCGUAAAAUUCUCUGUGGUGUGAUUCUACAGUGAUUGUUUUCGCACAGAACUAGUACAUGUGCGUGUACAUAUCCACUUAGUGGAGAUGUGUGUAUAAUGCAUGCAUCCUACUGAUUCAUCCAACCUUUGCUGUCUAGUCAUACUUUCAUGUCAAGUUUCACAUUUUAUCUAAGAAAUAUCGUUUUGUGAUAAUGUUUGUGUUUAUUAAUAAAUCAGUGGGUUUUAA